AUGCUAGGAGGGGUUAAACUAAAAUUAUUGUACACUUAUGAAAAAUCUUGUUUUGCGUAUAUUAGUCCAAAGUACAGCACAAAUAAUGAAAAGACUCAGUGUGUUCAAGUACUUUAUAGAGAUAAGAUAGUGCUUCUAUGGGUUGUGUUCAGCAGUAACAUUCCCGAGGGUAGGAUAGCAUGUAAUCCCAUAUUUAGUAGAUUAGUGGACCUAGAUGAAGGUGCUGAGGUUUUUGUUUCACCAUAUAGUGAUGUGAAGGUGUUAGAUGAGCUCUAUAUUGACACUGAUAGCCCUGAUGACCAAGAAAUAUUGGAACAUAACAUAGAGCUUCUGCAACUUAGAAUUUUAGAUCAGUUAAGGUUUGUUGUAUCAAACCAGAAGGCUGUUGUUUGGAUAUCAACAUCUCUGCCUAUAAUAUUCACACCAAAGCAGACCGGCCUUUUAGUCACUAAUAGUAGAAUCAUUGUGAAGGUAGAUGCUUUCAACAGUUUUCACAAUGCUCCACAAAAUACCUCAGCACAUGUGCCUAAACUUGAUGGUGGAUCGUUUAAAAAUAUAGGACUAAUUAAUAAUGGAAUGCUCAAGCCUUAUUUAAAUGUGCCAGACAGGCUGGUCCUUAGAGCUUUACCUAUAGAUAGUGAUGGCAAAAAAAACCUCAUACAUCCAUAUACAGUGUUUAUACAUGAGGAUUUAUUAAAUGAUAAGUAUAAGUAUUUUACUGUCAUACUAGCCACUAUGAAGAAUGUUGUUUCAAUACUACAAGAGGCUAGUGAGGAUGAAGCUCAAAAUAAUAACAAUCAUGUGAAUGAUUUAUGUGUGGAAGUAGUACUUAUAGAUAAUGUUGUUUAUAGAAGUCUCUGUCAAGAAGUUUACAAUGAAAAUAUAAGGACUGUACUAAUACCAAAAUCGUUAAAUAACAUUAUCAACAUAGAAAAUGGAACUAAAAUAAUUUUGUCUAUAAUUGGUGAGAAAGUGGAACAACCUGAUCAUAUAGAUGUAAUAUCAUAUACAGAACAGAUUCAGACUGAAGUAGAAGUCAUUGAGAAAUUUAAGAAUUGUGUAAUUCAAAACACACAUUCUGGUAAACUGUUCCUAAUAAAUGAUAGUAUGAUAAAGCAGAAUUUGCAAAUUAGCAAAGGUUUUUUACAAUUUAAGCUUAAACCUGAGAAAUUGAAGUAUACAGUGCUUAGUUCUGAGUCAUUUAGACAGUGUACAGUAGCUGCUAAAUGCCUGACUGAUGGUGAUCUAGAACUUCCUAAGCUACAAAUAUCUAGGUUAGAGUAUGACUUGAAAAAUUACUGCAGAACAAUGAAAUCCCUGGAAAAUUUGGUACAGAAAGUAGUGUCCCAUUUGUAUUUUGAAAUACACAGAGAGGCUACAUUUAAAAAUGUUUCAGAGAUUAAGAGCAAUGUUUUAGUCACAGGUUUAAAUGGUUCAGGAAAGACUGCUAUAUGUCACAUAGUACAAAAGGAGAUGACAGUUUGGUCACAUAUUGUCCAUUGUCGGUCACUGAAGGGCAGAAAGGAUAUUACUGAGGUGCUGGGCAAGGCAAUCCUCAUGUGCCAGGAGCACAGUCCGGCUGUUCUCAUCUGUGAUGACGUUGACUCAUUGGUUCCACCUGAUGUCGAAGGUGCAUCACCACAAGACAUCGCUUAUUACCAAAGGUUGGCUGUGGUAAUCAAACAUUUGUUACAAACUUGUUCUGGGGUGUGUGUUCUAAUGACAUCACUUAGUAUGAAGACUUUACACCCAACAUUGAGGCAGUUUGCAGGCAAGCCACUAUUCACGGCGCAUUUCGAUAUAAUUGAACUCCAACAGGAUGAAAGGAUUGAACUCUUCAGACAUUUCUUGAAUGACAAAAUCAAGGAAGAGUUUGAGGUAGAUGAUGAUGAUGUGAUCAAACUGGCCAUGGAUACUGCUGGCAACAAUGUAAGAGACAUCACGGACUAUUUGAAUAAGAAGAUAUUUAAAGCCGUGAAGAAAAAAAAGACUGAACCAAAUGUGAGGCCCCGUUUAGUUGAAGAUAUCAGUAAGGACGAGGAAAAGGCGAGUGGCUUCGCAAUCUGGGGCCAAGUUGGAGGACUAGAAAAUGUUAAAAAAGAACUGACUGAAUGCAUCUUCUGGCCUAUGAUGUACCCAGCCCUGUUUCCUUCGCAAUCGUGCGGUAUCCUCCUGUAUGGGCCGCCUGGCACUGGCAAGUCUCUAAUCGGCACAUGCUUGGCGCGACUGGCGGGUGUCACUCUACUCGCCGUCAAAGGUCCCGAGCUGCUGUCCAAGUAUAUAGGACAGAGCGAGAAGGCGGUCAGGGAUAUAUUCGAUAAAGCUGAUAUGAAAAGGCCGUGUAUCCUGUUCUUCGACGAAUUCGACAGUUUGGCACCCAAACGUGGCCACGACUCGACCGGCGUGACGGACCGCGUAGUAAACCAACUGCUGGCGCGUCUGGACGGGGCCGAAGGGGGCGCGCGCGGGCCAGUGGUGGCCGCCACCUCCCGCCCCGACCUCGUGGACCCCGCGCUACUGCGGGCCGGCCGGCUGCAGCGACACGUGUACUGCGCGCUGCCUGACCAGAAUGGACGUCUGGAAGUGCUCAAGAGUUUGGCUAAGAGUGUAACAUUAGAAGAAGACGUGGAUCUCGUAGACUUGGCGAACCGCACUGAAGGAUUUUCACCCGCCGAUCUCAAAUCACUGCUGGUGACUGCGCAGUUGGCUCGACUUGAGGCACACUUGAUGAGCAGCGAAGACAAGAAUACGGACACGGUUGUGGUGCGACGGGAGGAGAUAGAGAUGGCUCUAGCCGACACGAAACCUUCGCUGUCUGCUGAACAAAGACUCUUCUACGACACUAUAUACAGAAGAUUUAGAGGUGAACCUCUCACACCAGAGCAGAGGAUUAUGGCGAUGCAAAUGCAAAAACAGAGAGUCACAUUAGCGUAA